AUGGCCACAGCGGUGGUAUGCCUAGAGGAACUGGAAACGCGCGCCGCACCGUCUUCAUCUAAGAGUCAUGCAUCGACACAAUCGUCGUCCCCCUACGCGCUAUCGGUAAAUUUGCCAAAAAUUGAUUUACCGAAAUUCGACGGUCGCAUCGAAAUGUGGAUCACAUUCAAGGACGCGUUCCACACGCUAAUUCACACACAACCAGGAUUGAACAAAAUUCAGAAGCUGCAUUAUCUACGCCUUUCGUUGUCCGGAAAGGCCGAAGCCGCGAUCGGAGCCUUUAGCAUCACCGAGGACAACUACGAAGCGGCAUGGAAACACCUGAUGGAAAUUUACGACAAUAAACGCGCGCUUGUCUUACGCCACGCCGCUCUUCUACGCGACACCCCCGCGAUGCCAGAUGAUUCGUCGGACUCGAUACGCGAGUUAGCGAAUCAUAUGCAAUUGCACAUCCGUUCGUUGCAAGCAAUCGGUCGAUCGUCGGACGACAUCGCGAACGAUCUUUUAGCAAGUAUUCUCAUUUCGAAAAUGGGAACCGACACGAGAAAAUCGUGGGAGCGCACUCUGUCCGACACGGAGAUGCCAAAAAUCGACGAUCUAUUCAAAUUUCUACACAACGCAUCACAUCAGAGCAAAGAUUACGCGACAGAAAUCAAGCGUCCGUCCAUCAAUUGCGAUUCGUGGAAGAAG